CCUUACAGAGCGUUAUGAACAGGCGGGCACACAUGGCAUGGUCAGAAAGCGACGAACGAACAGAGGACAUCCACAUGUAGAGAAAGCUGCCUGCAUGGCUUCGAUCUGCGGAAAACAUCUGCUGCUGCCUCCAGUAUAGACACACACACACAGAGUGUACGUACAGAUAAAGACGCCCCAGCUCUUGAAAGCACAGCAAAACCGCAAUUAAUGCAUCAGUCAAUCAAUCAAUCAAAGCGGCCCGGCCGCACACACAGCGCAAUAAGAAGGAAAAUUGGCCGCCUGUCUGUCUGUCUGUCUCUUUGUCAGUCGAUGCUGACGAGUUUGAGUGCCAUGUUUUGAAACGGCUUGAGCUCGAUCCACAGCGGCCCGCCUCCGCUGUGGCACGACCAAUACGGGUCGUGGCGGUUGUAAUCCUGACACACACACACACACGUGGCGUGUAUGCACCAGUCCAUUGCAUUGUCUGCCGGUGGUGCUCACUGCACUGACAUGUAUGCCAAUGUAUUUCUCGUCGAUGGAGUUGUAGAUGACCUGCCACAGGCCGCCGCACGGCACGUGUAUCUCGCAGUGGCACUUGCUGCUGAACGGCGCCUCGCUGCGGAUGAACACAAUGUCGUUCAAAUGGUCACGGGGGUCGCCGCUGUCCCAACCUGCACACACACAUAGCCACGCACCCAUGUAGACGAAUGAAUGAAUGGAUGCACGUGUGUGGCAUCGAUGGAACACGCUGACCUUUGUCUGAUCCGAAACGGAUGAUGGAAAAGAAUUUGAGCUCAUUGUUGCUGCCGUUCCGAAUCUGCAACGACACACACCACACACACACAACACACACAGAGAGGCUUCCCCAUAACCUGCACCGACCCCCCAAAAUGGCCGACCAUGGAUUUGCUGUCGUGGCGCCACAUGGCGGGUUCGUUCUGGGAGAUCAUGUUAAGGUCGUGGACGUUCUGAAUCAUCUGCUUCUGGUGCAGGUGGGCGUGGUCGCCCGUCUUGCCCCAAUCCAUGCAGCCAGGCGAACCGUCAAACAUGAUUUCCUCGCCAAACUCGUCACCCUGACGGCGAUGGAAACACAUUCACACACACAGAGAGGGCGAUGGGAGAUGUCUCUUCAUGUGCAUCAACCACGGUGUGGGCUCACUUGGAAGAUCAUGGGCACUCCUGCUCUGAACCAGCACAGGGCGGCCAUGCCGACCAGCUGCACAUGGUUCUUGAACUCGGUCAGCAAACGGAGCUUGCCUGAUCAGGGGACGACAAGACAAGACAGACAGACGCGUGUGUGCGUGUUGAUGUGUGGUUAGUGUGGGUGCCGACCGUUUGAGCAUUCGUCGUGGGUGUUGUAUGCGUUGACGUACUUCUCCUCACUCCUGUCGUGGAUCAACAUCUCAACAUGCUGGAUCAGCCGAUACUCCACAGCUGCAGUAAUGGGCAGACAGACAGACAGACAGGCAGACACACCCACACACAGACAUGUGGUCAUGAUGCGCACACACGCACACACACACGUGUAUCUGGUCUUGCCCCUCCCCUACUGGUUCUGAUGUAGUUGCGCAUUCUGUGCAUCUCGCCGAGGUUUUGGACGUAGCCAAAUCCAGCACCACCCUGCCCAACCAUUGACACACACAGACCCACACCGAUUAUGUACGUAUCCUUGUACGGGUGUCGGCUUGCUGGCUGACCUUUUCGACAGGCACUGCGAGCCUCCUGAGGACCCUCCUAGACUCCUCGGCAAUGGUCACAAACGGCGGGGCCGUGUGAGCCAACCGACUGUGCAGAUCCCUGAAGACAUAACACGCAUACGGAGAAAUGGAGAAUGUCAAGGGAGUCCCGUGUGCAGCGCCGAGAGGGAAAGGCGUACCGUACCUGUAGAAGUGGAUUGUGUCGAGGUCGAUGACUUCGCUGAGUUCGUAUCCGCUCAUGCCGAUCUCGUAGAAGCCCACACCGUUGAGCAGGUCCCAGUCCUCCUGCCGCAUACGACUCUUGUCAUUCUUCAGCGGCCACCUAAACACACACACACACACAGGCAGAAACAUACACACACGGUCAUCUGUGUUGGCUGGUGUGUCUUGUGUUGUGUGUGUGCGCGUGUGUGUGUGUGUGUGUGCUGACCAGUCCCACUCUCCUCUGUCAUAGUCGAGGAACAGCUGUGACGACACCGCGUCCAAACGGGCGCCAUCGAUACCUACAAACGCCACGCCACACUCACAUGUCGACACAUGCAGCGGCCAGCGUGCAUUACGUUGCAUCCUUCCUUUCUCAGUGUGUGUGUGUGUGUGUGUAUAUGUGUGAGUGAAUGGGUACGUACCUAGUUCCCUGUACAUGUAUGUGAGGACCCCGAUGAGGUAGUUGCGCACGAACUCGUUGCUGAAGUUGUACACGCGCGCCUUCCACUCGUUGUUCCACCCCUUGCCCCCAGAGUGGUGGAACAGGUCAGUGCCGUCGUAGCUCGACAAACCGCAGUCCCAAUCCUGAACAUUCACACGCAGAAACGGCCUGCGCGUCUGUAUGUGUGAUAUAUGUGACGGCAUGUAGGUCCGCACCUGAAUGCCGUGGCCGAGUGGGACGUCGGCAAUGACGCCAAUGCCAUUCUCGUGCAGCGAGUUGACGAGAUACUUGAAGUCGUCGAUGGUGCCGUGCCGCUCACUCACGGCGUAGGGACACCCAACCAGGUAGCCCCACGACUCUGACAAUGACAAAGUGAGUGAAGUGACACCAACACACACCAACCCAAAACACGCGCAUACGCGUGACCCGGGGGAAGGCAGGCGAGUGUGUGUAUUUACCUACCGUAGAGUGGGCUCUGCAUGAAGGGCAUGAUUUGGACGUGGCUGAACCCCAGGUACUUGACGUGCGGCACCAGCUUGUGGGCGAUGUCGCGGUAGUUGCCCUGCCAGAAACUGCCCAGGUGCACCUCAUAGAUGCUCUUCAACACACCAAGGCCGGCCGUCUGAGCGAGCAAAGCACCACGGUGUGCCACACAUCACUCCCCCCACGUGUGCGUGGGCCGGGCCCCCUUGGGCACGCACCUUUUGUUCGCCAUCAGCCUCGUCGCUGUCCGUCUUGGUGUCGACGAUGUGUUUGUGCGUCCACUCGAAUCGGUCAGGGUCGCCCACCACAGAAUUGAAGUUGCGACUGCCAUCAGCGCGGAACUCAGACUGACCAGACAGACCCGCACGCACACCACACCGCACCACCGUGUUGCCCAGUGUGUGUCUGCCCUGCCCUGCCCUGCCGGCCAUACCGCGAGUUGGACAGAGAAUGGGUCGAUGCGUCCCAUUUCGUAUCUGUUGGGGAGGUAGCCCUUGUCGUUGAUGAUGUGGUACUUGUACUGAUGAUAGGUGAGGUCCUCCCCCACCUCAAGCUCCCACACGCCGUCACGCGUCCAAUGCAGCGGCUCACCCUUCUGCCAAUUGUUGGCUGAUCGAUGGACAGACAGUGGCAGGGGAGACAGACAGACACAGACACAGUAGGUCUACGCUCAAUGGAGGGAUGUUUGUGUUGUGUUGUUAUUGUAUUGUGUGUGCUGUAUAUGUGUGUUUGUUUACUGACCAUCUCUGAGUAGAAAGACGUGUGUGGCUUCAGGCGCAUACACCCGGAAUGUGGUGGUCUUCUUCUCGCCGUCAACGUGGGCGCCAAAGAACUUGUACGGAUAGUCCUGUAUGCACACAGCCACAACACACCAACCACACACAAACAUACAUUCAACCGCACCACAUGCACACUACGCUGCUCUUGGCCAGUGCUGUGCUGCCUACCCUCCUGAGGGUCUCUUCGCCCAUCUCCUGCACAUCCUCCUCCCCCUGCACAUGCCCUGCAUGAUGCGGAUCUAUGCCAUUCUCGUCGGCUGGUGCAGGGGACGCCAAAGCAUCUCCCUGAUCUUUGCUUGUAGCCGGCGGG